UCGCCAUUGAAGCCGGCAUGUUUAGUCAACUUUUAAGCGGGCAUGAUCACUCAUCAUUAGGCGCGGAAGGUUCCUGGUGGACGCAGCUUCCUGUAUCCCGUCGGUGGAGAACCGAGGAAUUGCGGGCUGGACCGCCCUACAUGUUAGUGGUGAGUUCCUGUACUUAUUAACUAUGAGUACUAGGUUCCUUUACUUAAAGGGCUUUAUCCAUGAUUUGAUCUUGUGUUAUACUUCUGUACCGUCCAUGUCCAAAUCUUUUUUUCACAGAUAUUGCGAAGCCAAACUAUAUCGAACACCCACAACAUGCCCCUUUGGCUCAUUUUUCACCCCCCGGGGACUUUCGAGGACGAUUCCGCGAAACAAGCAUUAAGCAAAGACAUAACGAGCAUAUACACUGGAAUUGGCCUUCCUGCCUUCUAUGUCGUUGUCAACUUUGUUAAGCUCUCGCCUCAGGAUGUCUGGGUUGGAGGUGAACCGAAAACCGACCAACCAUUUAUUCGAAUCCUUGUCGACCAUAUUGCUGUUCGAAUUGAGAAUGAGGACCUCUCUUAUAAACGCACCGCUGAUGCUAUUGAAAAAGCGUUGAAGCCGCAUAUUUGUGACAAGGGUUAUGAUUGGGAAUUCCAUGUCGAUGAGACUGAAAGGAGACUUUGGCGCGUCAAUGGAAUGAUCCCUCCUCCGUUUAGGAGCGAUACGGAGAAGCAGUGGGCGAAGGACAACAAACCAUCUCGGUGGGACGGUGCAUACUAAGAUCUUAGAUUGGGCUUGGGGGUAUUUGGUUUUGAACCCAUCCUCUGUCCCGGCCAACGCCGCAAUUGGACUGUUACUCCUAUGCUGGAGACUGUAUUUACUGUGCGUAUUGAUUUUGUAUUUGAAUUCAUACGUUUCCUUGACUAGGUAAUCCAUUACUAGCAUAAGUUUACAGCUGAUUGGAUCGGAUGCGUGGCUGGUUCCUCUAUCCCAUACUUAUUCCCGGC